AGUCAAAAGAAUGAAGAUGGUUCAACAUCAGUAGUGCUGGCACCUAGUGACAAAAAGAAAAAAGUAUGGUCUUUUGCAGAAUGGCAGAGUGCUUUUUAUGUUUUCAUGACAGUAUUUGUACCAAAUCACGCAGAUCAAGCUUUGAAAUUGUUUAAAUAUGGGGCGUAUAUCUUAAGUCUCAGUUUAUCCCAAGGGGCAGAUUGGGCGAAAUAUGAUGAUAAUUUCCGCAGAAACAAGAAAUUUGGUUUGGACUGUGCUGUGCCUUAUAAUGAGCUUAAUUAUUGGCAGCCAUUUUAUUGAAAUCAUGUGGGCAUAAUGGGUCUCAAAAUUAUAAAGAGAAUGCCUCUAAUUCUAGUUCUUUUCGUGAUGAAAAAACCGUGUGUAUUCGUUGGAACAAAGGCCAGUUCUGCCAAUAUUCAGAAUGUAAAUACCGCCAGGCCCAUAGCCA